AUGGCGAAGCCAGAAGUGCCCCUUGUCUUUGCUCUCAUCAUCAUAACCAUAGCUUAUACUCAAUGUGCGACAUUCCUACCUGGCGAUGAAGCAAAACCUUUUACUUUACGUACCUUAAGUGGUAAAAUCGAAUAUAUCAAUGCGAAAAAUUCAAGCCAUUUAUUACCCAUGGUCUUAUUUGCGUAUGAUCCACGAUCAGCCUACAUGGAAGCCAUUUGGACCAAAGACAGCUCCGUUAAAGCACUCAUUAUGAACUCCACCAAGAGUGGAAAUUACGUUUUUAUGUCUUAUUCAGAUCAUGCAUUACAAGACGUACAAUGGAUGCAGAAAAGAGUAACAAAUCAAAUUGCUGAUCUUUACUUAUCUGGCUUAGGGAAAAGGAUGCAUUUUGUAGUAUUACCGGUUGAAUCAAUGGGUAACUGGAUACCUCUACUCCUAUCUAAGUGGACUUGCCAAGACUUUGGAUGUGGCUUUCAACAAAUUUUAGUCUCAACCGAUUCCAAAUUUCCUUAUGUCAUCAACCGUCUCGAUCCCAGAUAUGACUGGAUAGGUUCACCAGCUAGUGCUUAUAAAAGCUCCAUCCAAGUUGUCGAAUUGGAUGCUUGUAAAGGUAGUAGUAAUGUCUCACUAUCCGGUAAAAUGGCUAUUGCGCAACAUCAAAAGGGUUGUUCUUAUUUUAAAAUGGUUAAAGCAGCUUAUACAGUCAAAGCCGCUGGAUUAACAGUCAUUGCUGCCAAGAACGAAUAUCCAGUAGAUAUGAACUGCCACGGUAACGAGUGCAAUGUACGAUAUCCAAUUCCGGCUACAAUGAUUUCUUACGCAGAAGGGCAGAAGAUUUUGAAACUGUUGAAAUCGAAAAAGAAAGUAGACUUUAGCUUUCAAACUACACCAUCACAUAAUUUCUACUUUGGAAUUGACGGUCAAGGUAAAAUUGAGGAGACUGGAUGGUUACUUUAUCCGUCGUUCUUAUACUUUACUUGGCAACUGCAAUGGUAUGCUUACAAAAGUAAUCUAAUCCAUAAUAUUGCCGAGCAUGCCAAGGUGGUCCAAAUCUUUAAUGAUUCCACUAUUCAUGGCAAAUAUGGAGCAUCGGCUAUCGUAAAUUUGCCUCCUGUUAAAGAAUAUCAAGACGUGCAAUUAGACAUGGCACUUUCGUGUCGAGGAAAACGAGACGAAGAGUGUCCGCCAUGGGAUCAUACUGUUCAACUUUAUGUAUGCUGUUCUAACGCAACAUCACAUUGUCAACAAGAACUAGGGCGAUGGAUUACUUCAUUCCGCCGCCGAAUUGGUCAUUGGUUGACGCCGGUAACUCCAUUGUUGCCGUUAUUAUCAUCGAGCAGUUGUAAUUUCACCAUGAAAACUGUUCCUUGGGCACAGCCAUGGUUUACGACCCUGAAACUCAGAUUUUCUCAUAAAAUAAAUACAACUGUAGCUAAGAAGAAAGGAACACCUCUCAAACCACAAAAAUUAAUACCACUAUUUAGAGGAGGAACAUUUGAUAAAAACUAUAAUAAAAAAUACAAACCGAUUCACUUUAACAUGACCAGCAAAACUAAAAAAGUAAAGCUUGUUGCGGUCAUUACAGGCCACGGAAGUGAUAAUAAUAAUUGUGCCGAAUUCUGUGUUACAUCCCAUCAUUUUAUGGUAAAUGAAAAGCAUGCCAAUGUUAGAACUUUUAGUAAUGCUGGCAACUCUCUUGGAUGUGCAGAACGAGUCCUUCAAGGUGUUACACCUAACGAACAUGGGACGUGGCUAUACGGAAGAGACGGUUGGUGUGAUGGGCAAGAGAUAAAACCCUGGAUAGUGGACAUAACCAAUCAACUCAGCACUAAAUCUGUCAACACUAUUACUUAUCAUGGAUAUUACAACCAUACUGACCCACAUCCCACUUCCAAACCAGGAUAUAUUAUAAUGUAUUCCUUUCUUUCUCUUUAUGAUACAUACUAG